CGCCGAGCGAACACCCACUUGCAUCCGAGCGAGCGCUGGGAGGCAGCAGCUGAGACAGCUCCAGGUCUGAGCCGCUGCAUCCCGCCCAGUCGGUCUCCGCCUGUCGGCUUAGGGGGUCCAGAGGAUGGAGGAUUCCCGGGAGACGUCUCCGUCCUCCAACAACUCCUCCGAAGAGCUCAGCUCUGCCCUGCAGCUGUCCAAAGGCAUGUCCAUCUUCCUCGACAUACUGAGGAGAGCAGACAAAAAUGAUGAUGGGAAAUUGUCCUUUGAGGAAUUUAAAGCCUAUUUUGCAGAUGGAGUUCUCAGUGGAGAAGAACUACAUGAGCUCUUCCACACCAUCGACACUCACAAUACCAACAAUCUUGACACAGAAGAACUGUGUGAAUAUUUUUCUCAGCACUUGGGUGAAUAUGAAAAUGUACUGGCUGCACUUGAAGACCUGAAUCUCUCCAUCCUGAAGGCAAUGGGCAAAACAAAGAAAGACUACCAAGAAGCCUCCAACUUGGAACAAUUUGUGACUCGGUUUUUGUUGAAGGAGACUUUAAACCAAUUGCAGUCUCUUCAGAACUCUCUGGAAUGUGCCAUGGAAACUACUGAGGAGCAAACUCGUCAAGAAAGGCAAGGCCCAGCUAAACCAGAAGUCCUGUCUAUCCAGUGGCCUGGAAAACGAUCCAGCCGCCGAAUCCAAAGACACAAUAGCUUCUCCCCCAACAGCCCGCAGUUCAAUGUCAGCAGUCCAGCGUUGUUAGAAGAAGACAACCAGUGGAUGACCCAGAUAAACAGACUCCAGAAAUUAAUUGAUAGGCUGGAAAAGAAGGAUCUGAAACUUGAGCCCCUGGAAGAAGAAGUUAUUGAAGAGAGCACUAAACCCCACAUCAUGCUCGUGCAGCGCCAGAUGUCCGUGUCAGAAGACGAUCUGGAAGAGUUCCAGCUUGCUCUGAAACACUACGUGGAGAGCGCCUCAGCCCAAAGCGGGUGCCUGCGCAUUUCUAUACAGAAGCUUUCAAAUGAAUCUCGCUACAUGAUUUAUGAGUUCUGGGAGAAUAGCAGUGUGUGGAAUCGCCACCUCCAGACAAAUUACAGCAAGACCUUCCAGAGAAGCAAUGUGGAUUUCUUGGAAACUCCAGAGCUCACAUCUACUAUGCUAGUUCCUGCUUCAUGGUGGAUCCUGAACAACAAUUAGAUGUCCCUACACACUGUCUUUAUUGUUCCAAGUACAAGUGUUCUUAUCUAAAAUGCAACCUGGAAAGUUCUCUGUGGUUGUCAAUUGCACACUUUUGUUCAAUGUGUUUACUGUAAGUACACUAUCCUGAAGUAUAUUCUGUAACUAUUUUCAAAGUUUAUUGUUACUCUUGAUAAUUGAUGCUAAUUUAUACAUUGUAAUCAGUCUUAUAGCAAAAUCUUAAUAUAUAAAAUGGUAUAUAGGUAAUAAAAUUGUGAUAAUUAUGGUAAAAAUGCUAAGAACUUCUAGAGCAUCAUAGAGCAGGGUUUGUAAGCAGGCAUAUGCUCCAAAUGAUUACAUCUGUGCUUUGUGACUUUUUUUAGUAAUACAUUUUCCUGUGACAGAAAAAUUCUUCUUCAAUAAGGUCCACAUGUUCAUCACAUGGUCUUCCAACAAUUUCCUUUAUAAUUCCUUUAAUAUUAACAUAAAUGUAGAAAACAAACUUGGUUUUAGCCUGUAGAAGCUCUAUCCAUGUGUCAUACUGUAAAGUGAUAUUUUGCAAGUGAACACUCUGUAGUAACUUAGGGCAUUUACUAAUGUGACACCUUUGUUAGUAUCACAAUUUAAACAUUAUUGAGCAAACUUAAAGUUUAUGGCAGAAGCCUUUAGUAUAUAAUUCAAAUAGCUGACUAUUCUUAUAAAAAAGGACACUUGCAUAUAAAUGAAGAUUUUUGAAACCAUUACUUUAAAUCUAAAAUUUCAACUAAAGAAAUUUAAAACAAGCACAAAAUUUUAAUACUGAAUAAACCUAUUUUAUGGGCUUUCCUGAUAAACUACACAGCUUAUCUACUCUCCUCUAUAAACUCUGGUUAUAGACUCUGCUAUGAAAAUACAUAUAGAACUAUUACCAUGUUAUUCUCUCAUACAAAUGUCUUCAAAAUGCUGGGUCUUAAGGGGGAAAAACAUGUAAAAUAUUAUAGUAUUUUGUUCUUUUUCUUUUGGUUUUGCUUUUUGAGACAAGGUUUCUCUGUGUAACAUCCCUGGCUGUCCUGGAACUCACUUUGUAGACCCAGGUGGGCUCAAACUCACAGGGAUCCACCUGCCUCUGCCUCCCGAAUGCUAAGAUUAAAGGUGUGCUCCACCACUGCCUGGUAGUACUAUGGUAUUUUAAACAAGUGGAAAAUCUAGGGAAAGACAAAGCUUGAAUGAAAAUUUAAUUUCAUAAAUAUGAGACUCAAUCUAGAAUACUAUCUCAUAAUUUAUGAGACAUUAAUUUAUUGAAUACUUUUGUAUAAUUUCCGUACUUAUCUAUUUUCAUAGUGUGUUGGACCAGAGGAGCACAUUUUUACUUACACACACACGCACACACACAUACACACACACACACACACACACAAUGUGUAUAUGUAUAUUCAAAUCUUAAGAUGACAAACAUUAAAAAACAGUGCCUGGCACAACUCUUUUGGUAUAGACAUGCAAGGCAAAAAUGCUAAUGGAGUUUUUAUAUAAUGAUUGUUGAGACAAACUAUACAUUGUGUGAAAGGCAAAGAUAGCAAAGCAGUCUUUGUGGUCCCACUGUGAUUACACACCAUAAAGUCCUGAAACCCAGGAAUCUUUCCAACAUGUACAUGCUCCUUGGAAAUGCUUGUCAUAAAUGAUUUCAAAAUAUAAGUUACAGCCAAUGGAAACAUUGUCUUAACUGGCCCACUCAUAUCCAACCCAAAAAUUCUAUCAUGUGUUUUGCAUACUGGGUAGCUCCCAAAGUAGCACAGUAGUCUAACUGAAGAGGAUCUCGGCCCAGCAACAGAGUUUGGAGAAAGGUCCUUUGGCUACAAAUUGUAAUAAGUUUUAUAAAUAUAUUAAACUAGAAUCAAAGGGACUUAAGAAAAAAACAAAUAAUUAACCAAUUAAGUAUGGCCAAUCUUGUCUCGGCUAUUAUGCAUAUAUUUAUGUAUUUGGUUUAAGUGUGUGUGUGAAUAUGUAUGAAAAUGCAUACAUAUUCACAGUAGAUCCUAUAAUGAAAAAGAGAACCGUAGGAGGCAACACACACAAUGAUGCCAUCCAUAGUAUACAUUAUCUCAUUUCAUACACAACGAUGCCAUCCAUAGUAUGUGUAUAUAUAUAAAAUUUCAAGCAAGCAAUACAUUUAUGCCUAAUGAACAGAUUUUGUUUUUGUUUUCUAUUUUAAAAAAUCCUUUCUUUCAGAAGCAAACCAAUGUAAAAUAAGGUACAAAAAGGCCAGUCUGGUAAAUCUCCUCUGGCAGAGGCGCUAGGUUUGGUACUUCACAUUCAGGAGAAACAAGGACAAGGUUGCUGCUACUAGUAGCCUCCAGUAACUUCCAGUGGCCCCAGAACACAAGAGUAAAGGAGUGGGUUUAUGCUUACCUUUUUGUCUGCAGUAUUUCUGACACAUUCCAUGCAGUUUAGUGCAUUAAAUUUCUAAGAAUUAAAAGUUUAAUCCUCAAAAUUCUUAAUCCAUAUAUAUUCUUAUGUGAAAUUAUAGAAUUGAAACUUAAUGUACAUCAAUUGUUUGCAAAUGCCUGCAUUUGUCCUCUUUUGGAAACAAUAUCAAUUUUACUUUCCAACUCUUUGACUCUCAAUCAUAUGGUCUGAUGAAUGACAUUAAGUAUCAGCUACUUUUCAACUUUAAUUUCACUAACUACCACUUCAAAUGUUUAUCUCUGCUCGGCGUUAUGGAUCUACGACCAUGUUGUUCUUAAGAACCUAGAGAACAAUCAAUCACGUGUUUGAAGUAUCUAUCAGAAAGGCUUCCCCCUGCCAUUGUGUCUAUCAGAAAGUCUUCCCCCUGCCAUUGUGUCCAUCAGAAAGUCUUCCCCCUGUCAUUGUGUCCAUCAGAAAGUCUCCCUCCUGUCAUUGUGUCCAUCAGAAAGUCUUCCCCCUGCCAUUGUGUCCAUCAGAAAGUCUUCCCCCUGCCAUUGUGUCCAUCAGAAAGUCUUCCCCCUGCCAUUGUGUCCAUCAGAAAGUCUUCCCCCUGUCAUUGUGUCCAUCAGAAAGUCUUCCCCUGUCAUUGUGUCCAUCAGAAAGUCUUCCCCCUGUCAUUGUGUCCAUCAGAAAGUCUUCCCCCUGCCAUUCUGUCCAUCAGAAAGUCUUCCCCCUGCCAUUGUGUCCAUCAGAAAGUCUUCCCCCUGCCAUUCUGUCCAUCAGAAAGUCUUCCCCCUGUCAUUGUGUCCAUCAGAAAGUCUUCCCCCUGCCAUUGUGUCUAACAGAAAGUCUCCCUCCUGUCACUAACAACUGCGCUUUAAGCAUGCUGAAUCAUUCCAAGUCUCUGGAGACAUCAUAAUGAUCUGUUUAAGUGAUGGUGUGAAAUCAUUUGGAAAAAGAACAAGUAACAUUGGCUUUGUGGGCAACAAAAAUUAUAUACCAUAUAUACAUUGUAGCAAAUACUUUAUAUUUGAGAAUCUUUACAGCUUACAUUUCCAUUCCAUUAUUACAAGUGAUGAAAAACAAGAAUUGCAAGUAGCAUGCAAAUUAUAAUACAGUCUUCCCACUUCGCCAACAACAUCCCCACUUUCGAGUGUUACUUCCCAAUUUUCGCAGGAACUACCUGCAAAGUUGAAACUGAUUAGAAAAAUUCUUUAUAGUUUAAAUAUCUCUUUCUCAUUUUAUGAGAAACCAAAUAGCCAACCAUCAAAAGUAAAAAUAAAUUGAAUCGUCACAGUCCAUUAGUUAUUAUUACUAGGUCCACUUCAUUUGCAGGUGUCCAAAAUAUAAAAUGAAUAAUUCUUUAUCUUCAAAUUCAUCUGUUCUUAAAUGCUACUUAAAACUUUGGUUGUUUUCCUGUAACAUAGAAGAAAGAUAAUUUAUCAAUUAGACUUACUGAAUACAGUUUUCACCAGUUAGCUUAUUCAACCAAAUACUAUGAAUCUACUUCUAUGUAAAUGCAUGUUACUAUAGAAACUAUUAAAGUAACUGGAACUAUCAAAUACAUUUGUGUUUCAGCAAACCUAUGUAAUCCAUUUUUAAAUAUAGUAAAUUGUAUUCUAAGUUUGUUGUUCUGUUUCUGUGAUACCUAGUUUUAAAAAUACUGUUAAUGCAUAAAGCAAAAUAAGCAAUUCUACUGAACAUUUAUCCAAAACAAGUUUGUCAAGCUUUUAUUAACAAAAUAAAGUGUUAAUGAUUUAAGCCUGGAAA